GGACAUUGUCGUCAUUUUGAGUUGUAGGCCUUUGUGAGAACAUGAGUAAAAGUAUCUGACCAUGGACAAGCGCUGGGCCCAGGAUGUGUUACGGUGUCGUCUCUGUGAGACCCAAGGCCCCCCUAUGUACUGUGACAUUUGUCACAUACAUCUGUGUAAAGCCUGUGUGGGGGAACAUCUCUCUGAUCUAUCCAAAGAACACAAAGUGCUGCCAUUUGAAAAGAGAAGAUCUACUCCUAAACGUCCAAAACACUCCACAAACAUAAGUGUACUUUAUUGUAAACAAUGUGACAUUCCUAUUUGUACAACAUGUCUUUCCUCUGAAGAACACAGUGGCCAUAAAUUUAUUGAAAUAUCUAAAAACAUUGACAGCAAGAAAGAAAUAAUUCAGAAAGAUUUACAAGAACUAGAGAAAUCCAUUUAUCCCAAAUACAAAGAGAUUGCAUCCAUUAACCAAGUCCAAAAAUCUGCUCUGAAUGAAAACUCUCAGAAAUUAACAACAGAAAUCGACAAACAUAGAGAAGACUUGCACAGAGAAAUAAACACCAUUAUCAGAAACAUGAAAUCUAACAUGGAGGAAACGGACACCAAACACCUGGCUGUCUUAGACAAACAGGAAGAUGAAAUUAAACACACCAUUUCUGAAAUCAUACAGACCAUUACUGAACUGAGGAUGUUACUGGACUCCAAUGAUGUCAGCCGUGUCUCUGCCUACAAAUCCAGGAAUGAUGAAUUCAGAAGAUUGCCUCCUAAACUCACAGUGUCCUUACCAAGUUUUACCCCUCAGAAGAUCAACAAAGAACAGCUUUAUCAACAGUUUGGUUCUCUGUCAGCGUCAUCUAUCAAAACAGAAGAACAUGGCUACACCAUGGAAUCUCCCGGUGCUGAGUCCUCUCCCCCGGACAGACCGCUCAUUGAUGUACCACGGAUCAUGACACAGAUAGACACAGAGUGUGGAGGAUUAGACAGUGUGUCCUGUCUGAGUGAUGAGGAGAUGUGGACGUGUGGUUGUAAUGACAACAUCAUGAGACUGUACAACCUCCGUGGGGAACUAGUGAAGUCAGUCAAAACCAAGUCAGGGAACAAUCCAGGGGACAUAGCAGUGACAAGGAGUGGGGAUCUAGUUUAUACUGAUAACAAUGAUAGAACUGUGAACAUAGUGAAGAAUAAAAAGAUAAAGACAGUGAUCAGACCACGGGGGUGGAAACCUCGCCGUGUCUGUAGUACCUCCUCUGGUGACCUCCUGGUUGUCAUGUACAGUGAUGAUUAUAAACAAACAAAAGUUGUGUGUUACUCUGGCUCCACAGAGAAACAAAGUAUUCAGUACGACGACAAAGGACAACCUCUCUAUUCAUCUGGUGGAUACAGUAAAUACAUCAGUGAGAACAGGAACCUAGAUAUCUGUGUGUCAGACCAUGACGCCCGUGCAGUAGUGGUGGUCAAUCAGGCCGGGAAACUCCGGUUUACCUACACUGGUCCUCCCUCUACUACCAAGGGAUCAUUUCGUCCAUACAGCAUCACAACAGACAGCCAGGGUCGGAUCCUGACAGCAGACUUUAACAACCACCGUAUCCACAUCCUGGAUCAGGACGGACAGUUCCGCCGCUACAUUGACAACUGUCAUUUACAGGAUCCAUACGGUUUAUGUGUGGACACCAGAGACAACCUCUUUGUGACUGACAGAGGUAAAGUGAAGAAAAUACAGUAUGUCUAGAACAUUACACAGCAGUGUAACAUUGUUUAUAUGUAUUACAUGUUGACAAACUGACUGUCUGUAUAUAUAAAACAUGUAUUAGCAUAAAGAUAAACAAUUAUAUUAUAUAAUAGAGUCAUGCAUAUAAAAAUAAACAUCCAUUUAGUUCAUGUCAACAAUAUCAUUGUUUUGUUUAUCAUGUUUAUACAUCAUAAUAACAAACUGUUUUAGUGUAGUGAUUGUAUUGUCAAUGAAUUAAAUGUUUAUACAUUUAAUGUCUAAACAAACUGUGUACAUUAUAAGAAUACAAUCAGAGAAACCUUGUUUGGUAUUUGUCAAAGAAAUCAAAACAUUUUAAUGUUGAUAAAUAUCUGUAAAAAUCUUUUUUAGCACUCCUUUAUCAUGUUUAUAUUAAGUUAUGAGUUAAUUUCAAUCAUUUUAAUAAGAAUAGCAGGCGCGUAGCUAGGCGUACGCAAGUACGCAAGUGCUUCCAUAUCAUUUUCAGAAAAGAAAAAAGAAAUAAAUUAAAAGAAUAAAAAUAAAAUUUAAAUAAUGCUGAUUAAUGAAAACUUUCUUUUAGGAAUAAAAAUUAAACUAAGCCGCUGUUAUCUCAGAAUUUGCUGAGAAAUAGCGCAGACGACUUGCCUUUCUUUUUCAAUAAAUAAAAAAGAAAUUGCUCUUCUGUUAUAUUCUUAUAUUAUUUGCAUGCAAUUCUAUAGCCUCAGUGAUCGUGACAAUGAUUAUGAAUAGAUUAUCGAGAUCGAAAUAACGGAAUCUUAAAGUUUAAAUAUAUGAGUAUUUAUGUAGACAAAAAUGUUAUAGACCAUUAGGAGAGAAAGCACAAGACUUUUUAGAUAUCGAAUAAAUUGAUUAAAUUAAUUACAUUAUAAAUAAGGCACUACUUUUUUUUCUUUAUUGUUAAUAUUAUGAUGAUGAAGUAAGCAUUUUACACAUUAAAAAUUGGGGUUAUUUUGAUGAAACUUCUUUUUCUAGAUACUCCAAAUUAAGUGUUUGAAAUGCCAAAAACUCGCCAUCUUCCGGGCGUUCUGGGCCCCAACCAUGGCUUCGCUCCGUACCCAUUGGGGGGGGGGGGGGGCUCAAGGCGGCCCCCAAAUCCCCUGCCUUAGUUUGCUUCCACAAUAAGGAAGCCUUAGCUACGCCCCUGAAUAGAAAUAUAAAUCAUACAUUUUCUUUUCUCAAAGCAGAUAAACUGAAGGUACCACAUUUGUUGAACAUUUGAAUGGUGUUUAUUUGAUCUUUGUCCAUUAAGAUUUCUGUCACAGAAGAUUGAGUAACUUUUGUUUCUUACACUCUAGUAAUAAA